GACCCGUUCCUUCAGGCGGACUGUUCGGGACAAGUGUGAGCGUGAGGACGACCAAAACAAAUCUCCCGUUUUGGGCGAUCACUCCCCUGUAGAGAGCCUUGUGGAUGUCGAGACUCUCGAGCCCCGUUCUUGGCAGGGAAGUACAAGCUUAUGAGUUUAUUCCAAUUACGAUGUUGUCCCCAGCACCGCGGACCUUUUCAAUCGGCUCUCCACUGUAAUCAGGCCUAGUCGUGGGUAUAAGGUCAACGGCUCCGACUGACACCGACACCCUGCCUCCUUUAGUCGAAUUCACCAACGCAACUACAAGUUCUAUUGCUUAUUAAUAUUCCACUUGAAGCUCUUUCCAGCUUCUGUGUCCAGUCGUUUAAUUCGAUCGUCUUAAUACUACCGUCAAGAUGAAGCUCCUCCUUGUUGCCGCGGCCCUUUCCGCCGUCUCCUACGCUCAGAUCGACAUGGCCAAGGUCACCGACUGCAGCGCCCUCAGCAACGAGUGCCGCAGCGGCCCCGGCGCCAACCAGGCGCAGUGUUCCUCCAACAAGAUGCAGUGCGAGCAGUGCCAGACUGACUACCAGCAGUGCCGGUCCCCUGGCAACGGUGUCUCCGGAAACCAGGCCGGUUGCGCCGCCCAGGUCGCCGCCUGCGUCGGAUCCGCAUUCCCCGGCCUGAGCCUCGCCGAGACCAGCAGCUCCUCCUCAUCAUCCGCCGUCUCCUCCUCCUCCUCCGCCUCCGCCUCAGCCACCGCCGCGAGCAACGACUGCCAGACGACGUACAAGGCCUGCGUCGCCGGCGGCAAGAGCGAGGAGCUCUGCGGCUGCGACCUGGCGACCUGCACGGGCGAGGACAACGCGCGCACGGCCGACUACUGCGCGGCCGUGUCGGCCUCCGCCUCGGGCGGCGCGCCCGCCCCGACCUCCACCGCCGCCGCCGGCACCGACGACUGCCAGGGCGCCUGGCGCAAGUGCGUGGCCGGCGGCCGCAGCGAGGAGCUGUGCAGCUGCGACCUGGCCGUGUGCACCGGCGAGGACGAGCCCAGCACCCGCGAGCGCUGCGCCUCGCUGUCCGCCGGCCUCGACGCCGCCACCGCCACCGCCACCGCCGAUGCCGCCUCCGGCAUGGCCACCAGCGCCGUGGCGAGCCCCACGGCUGCUGCUGGCGGCGAGGGCGGCAACUCCACCUCGUCGACGCCUGUUGUCACCGGUGCGGCUGCGUCCGUGGGCUUCAGUGUCUUUGGUGCGGCUUCUGCUUUCGUCUCUUACCUCCUCAUUUAAGCCGUGGAUGUCGGCCGUGGGCGUUGUGGUUACUGUCUGCGACAGUUGAAGCAUCAAGAGUUGGUGCUCGGGCAGUAGGCAAGCAGUAGGCAGAGAUUUCUAGGGGGUGAGAGAAGUGUUACUGUUUCCCAAUGGAGCUGUUGGGAGCUUGGAAUCAGCUAUCACUGGUUGCAAUUGCGUUUCAUGUCUAUAUAUGUCGCACGUGUCUAUAUUGUUUUCCGAAAAAUCAAAAGCCUUGGUACAUACCCCCAUUACGAAUAAA